AUGGACAGAGAGGCCAGGGAGCGCUACUCUGUGGUGGUCCAAGCCAAAGACAUGGCCGGCUCGGUGGGUGGGUUGUCAGGCUCCACCACUGUCAAUGUCACACUGACAGACGUCAAUGACAAUCCUCCCAAAUUCCCCCAGAGUAUGUAGACAUACGUCUUAUUGUUUGUUUGUUUUUCUACCUCACUGUUUGUCCUUAUAUAUUGAUUCUCUGCUGUAAUAAAACACAAUAUUUAUAUAGCGCUAUAUCGAACGCUAUAUAGGAUUUUAAAACACAAAGAUGCUUGUACUGUAAGUAAUGCACGAUAGAAAUAGAAUCAAUGAAUCUGUUAUUCUGUUGAUGUGUAAUGCACAGCCAAAUGUUAUUUUAAAAACAAUUUCAAAAGUUGUAGCCUAUAGUAGAUGUUUCGCUAAUGUGGGAGUGGCUAUAAGUGAUACAAACAUGAUGUGGUGUGUAGAUGAUCGUUGAAUCGCAAGCAGGCAGGAAAUGUGAUUAAUUUACCCAUUUAUUCACAUUUACAGCUAGCUGGUAUGCAUAAACAGUAGGUUAAUUAUUCCUCCAUCUAGUCAUAAAUGCUUUAUCAUACAUGCCAAGAUAAUAACUUCUUGCUUAUUCAUGUGCUCAUCCCAUUAAAGAAAACUACCAGCUGUACGUUCCAGAGUCUGCUCAGAUUGGAAAAGCUGUGGGUAAAAUUAAAGCCAAUGAUGAAGAUUUGGGCGUUAAUGCAGAGAUGAGGUACAGCAUAACCAAUGCAGAGGGGACAGCCAUGUUCUCCAUCACUACAGACACUGACCAGAAGGAAGGCAUCAUAUCACUAAGACUGGUACAGUACAGUUCUGAUGCUCACCUUCAUUCUAUAACAACAACAACAACAACAACAACAACAACAACACCUAUGGUUAUGGUUCAUGUAAUAGUCCACUUUUUUAAAGAUCGAUAUAAAAUCUAUUUUUUUUUCAAAUCUAUUUUUAUUUGUCACAUGCGCCGAAUACAACAGGUGUAGACCUUACUGUGAAAUGCUUACUUACAAGCCCUUAACCAACAAUGCAGUUAAGUAAUAAACUAAAGUAAAAAAUUAAUAAAAAGUAACACAAUAAAAUAACAAUAACGAGGCUAUAUAAAGGGGGUACCGGUACCGAGUCAAUGUGCGGGGGUACAGGUUAGUUGAGGAAAUCCACAGAUAAUAUGGUAAUUACAUAAUAAUUGCUUAAUAAAUAUGCCAGGUAGUUACCAAUUGUUAAAUACUAUUAUUAAGUACCCAUCGUUACCACAUACUUUCUCAAAUACUAGCAGAGACAGGACUGUAAAACAAAAAGCACUGCUUUGAAAAGAGGAUUGAUUGCUGGUUUCCUCCGCAGCCUUUGAACUAUGAGAAGAGGAAAGUCCACACGCUUCACAUAGAGGGAGUGAACACACACCUGGAUCCACGCUUCUCCCACCUGGGUGCCUUCAAAGACACCACCACCCUCCAGAUCAUCAUCGGAGAUGUGGAUGAGCCGCCUGUCUUUUCCAUAGACUAUUACAUCAUGGAUGUAUACGAGAACUCCCCCGUGGGAACAGAGGUCGGCACAGUGACGGCUCAGGACCCUGACAGUACCAAAAGCCCUGUAAGGUAAAUUACAUGCAUGGGGCGAACAUUUUGUGGGCAUCUAAAACACCAUCACAAGAAUGAAAGCUUCUACCUUUGCACAUUGAAAGUAAUAUGUUUUGAACGAGAAAUUCAACAGCAUCAUUUGAUUUUCAAUUCAAUCAAAUUCAAAUAACUUUAUUUAAUUCAUUCUAUUUUAAUUGUUCCCUCUCCUACAUGUAGGUAUUUUAUAGACCACAGUGAAGAGGAGCAGGUGUAUUUCACCAUUGGUUUGAAUAACGGGGUGAUCAAAACCACCCGGAGUCUGGACAGAGAGGAUGUGGCCUGGCACAACAUCACUGUGAUGGCAUCAGAGGUU